AUGUCGACCCGCAGCUCGUGGUCCGGGGUUCGAGACGCGCUUACCCUCGCGCGAGGCUGCCCCCAGACCGACUACGACGGCUCCGAAGACUGCCUCUACCUCAACGUGUAUGUGCCGGCUACGGGGGGUGGUCCUUUCCCCGUCAUGGUCUACAUUCAUGGUGGCGGCUUCUCAAGGGGUUUUUCCUUCAGUGGUACUCCACACUAUUUCGUGGAGAAGGGCGUUGUGUUGGUCACAACCGCCUAUCGUCUCGGCGCCCUUGGUUUCAUGAGCCUGCAGAACGAUGACAUCCUGGGCAAUGCGGGCCUCAAGGACCAGGUGCUGGCGCUGCAGUGGGUGCAGAACAACAUCGCCGCCUUCGGUGGGGAUCCUAGCAAGGUCGCCAUUUUUUGUGAGAGUGCUGGCGGCGCCUCGACAUCACAUCUCUUCCUUUCGCCAGCGACCAGAGGGCUCUUCAGCCAAGUGAUCAUGCAGAGUGGAGUAGCGACGACCCCCUGGGCGCUGGCUGAUAAUCCUCGCGAGAAGGCAUACCGUAUGGCGGAGGCGCUCGGUUUCCAGGCGCAGAGCGACAACCACACUGAGGACGACGACGUACGGUUGGCUGCCUUCUUUCGCGCUGCCAACUACUCAGACCUCAUUAACGACACCUCAAUCGCACUCUCGGAUCUCGAGAACCGCUGUCCACUUUCGCUGGCGUUCGUACCCGCCGUGGAACCGCCAACGGACUCGGCGGUGAUCGUCGAGCCUCCAGCAGACAUUCUCAGGACCGGCAGUUACAACCAGGUGCCCAUAAUUGUGGGCGUCACUUCCGCAGAAGGCACCGUCGUAUCCACCUGUAAGUAA